GUGCUUAAAAACCAGGUUGCGCUUGAGAGCAUAAAAACCCAAGUAUCAAGGAAGAGUACAGACAUUUGCGACCCGUCCCGCUAAACUCAUCAUUUCGAAACCAGUCCAUUAUAAUCAUAGUUCGUGGACAGUCCCUAUCCCAUGAUAAAAUAAAUUUAUUUAUUUAUUUUAUCAUGCCCUAUUCAUUCUUCUAUUAUCUAUGGUGAGAAAGCAUUUUGCUCUAAUACCGUGUUUGUGGUUUACCAACGGUUACCGAUUGAAUCAUUAUAAAGCACGCGCGUUGGGCUGUCCAGAGGUGGGGAUUAAAAGAUAUCACGUGAGUUAUGUUCAGAUUUUAUUAUGCGAUUUUUUCAGUUAAAAAUUAAAUUUAUGUUAAAUACUGACUAAACGGGUGUAACUAUCGGUCGAGUACGAUAAUCUCGUUCAGUGUUCAAUUUGUGGUUGUUAAUAGUAUUUUCAUACAUUUUGAAGUAUUACGUAAAAUUGUUCGUUAUUAUACCAAGAAACCAGUAAAACGUCGGAUAUGUUGGGAGGUGGAUUGUUUACCAAUAAGGCAGUGACAGCGCCCGCCAACCCCAAUAAAGACUUUGAAGUUACCCAGCCUCCUGAUGACACCGUUUCAGUGUUGGAAUUCAGUCCAGCUACAAUGCAGCAAAAUUUUCUCAUCGCUGGUAGCUGGGAUAACAGCGUGCGUUGUUGGGAAGUUGAACAAAGUGGAAAAACAGUACCGAAAUCCAUGCAGUCUAUGUCAAUGCCUAUCUUAGAUGCUUGCUGGAGUGAUGAUGGCACCAAAGUUUUUAUGGCUUCUUGUGAUAAGCAAGUUAAAUGCUGGGAUUUGGGAAGUAAUCAGAUGGUGCAAGUAGCAGCUCAUGAUGCACCUGUUAAAACUUGUCAUUGGAUCAAGGCUCCAACAUACACAUGUCUUAUGACUGGAUCAUGGGAUAAGACAUUAAAAUUUUGGGAUGUUAGGAGUUCCAAUCCUAUGAUGACCAUUAAUCUGCCAGAAAGAGCUUAUUGUGCUGAUGUAGAUUAUCCUAUGGCAGUUAUCGGUACUGCCUCAAGAGGUAUAGUUGUAUAUAAAUUGGAGGGAAAGCCUGAAAUGGUAAAAACUGUGGAAUCGCCUCUUAAAUAUCAACACCGAUGUGUAGCAAUAUUUAGAGAUAAAAAAAAACAGUCUCCUACUGGUUUUGGAUUAGGGAGUGUUGAAGGUCGUGUAGCUAUUCAUUAUAUACAACCUCAAAGCUCUAAAGACAACUUUACUUUUAAAUGUCACCGUCAAAAUAACACUGGCACUAUGAAUGUCCAAGACAUAUAUGCUGUCAAUGACAUUAAAUUUCAUCCAGUCCAUGGUACUUUAGCAACUGUGGGUUCUGAUGCUACUUUUGCAUAUUGGGACAAAGAUGCACGCACAAAAUUGAAAUCGUCUGAAGCACUUGACCAACCCAUCACUAAAUGUUGUUUCAACAGCAAUGGUCAAAUAUUUGCUUAUAGCAUAGGCUAUGACUGGUCAAAGGGUCAUGAGUAUAAUAAUCCAGCUAAAAAGCCACAGAUAUUCUUAAAGCCAUGUUUCGAGGAUCUUAAACCUAAGAGUAGUAAUUAA